AUGAAUUUAAAUAAAAUAAAGGAGAAACGUGCCGGUUAUGUGUCCGCGGACCAAAAGACUAAACUGUUCGCUUUGAUGCAAGACCGACCAGCGUUGUGUAGUGGUCGGUUUUCCUCAAGUUUUUCUAAGAAAGAUGGCCAAAAGGAAUGGAUAAACAUUGCAACCACAUUAAAUGGAAUUGCCGAUGGCAAGAAAAGUUGGAUGCAAUGGAGAAAAACUUGGCAAGAUAUGAGAUGCAAAGUGAAAUCUAAGCAAGCCGUCAUCAAAAGACAUGCUAAUGGUACAGGCGGAGGACCUCCUUUACCUACUAAAUUAAAACAGAAUGAAGAGGAUAUAUUAAGUCUGAUAAGCAAUUUGGCCGUGAAUGGACACUCCUCCGUUCAAGAUUUCAAAAAUGCUAUUGAAUCAAAUACUAAAGCCUCGGUUAAACCUGUCUCACCCAUUGUUGAUAUACCUCAGCCUCAGCUGGUGAAUAAUAAUUAUGAAAUUAUGGAUCAUGAUUAUUAUGAAUAUAAUAUGGCAAAAGGGAACGAUAGCGUUGAAGAAAUAAUAGUGUUGGACGUAAUGCCGACGCCUGGUAUUAAAAAUACACAGGAAACAGAAAAUAUUCUACCAAAGAAAGGAACAGUGGAACAUGGAUCUUUGUUUAUUCCAACUUCAGUAAAGAAGCACACAGUUUCGUCUGCCAAAAAGUUGCAGGUAGCUGCUUCUGCAGCAGAAUUGCUUAGUGAAACAGCAAAACAAAAAUUAGAAAUAAAAGAGGAGUAUUUGAAGCGAAAAUUAGAAAUCAUGGAAGGUGCAGAAAAUGAAAAAAGACGCUACCACAACAAGAUGCUUGAAAUCAAAGAAAAACGCUUAAUAAUUGAAGAAAGAAAAGCUCGUGCCCUUGAGAAAAUUUGUGAUAAUCUAAUGAAAUAUAAAACUUUGUAAACUACAAACUGACAAAAGGUAUUAAUGUUAUA